GCUAUAAAAGCUGCAUGUACUCCUUGACAGAUUGCACCUUUAGUCAACUGCAGAGGACACAGGUAGAAUAUUUCCUUUUUUUCGGAGCAUUAUGGAGUUUUCUGGCACAUUAGUUUUAGCAGUGCUGAUCUUAACUUUGCUGUGGCUGUUGAGCCUGAAGAGUCGUAGACAGUAUUGUUUACCUCCUGGACCCCCUGCCCUGCCUAUCAUAGGAAACCUGCUGCAGCUGGACAAAAGAGCUCCAUUUAAAACUCUGCUUAAGCUCAGUGAAACCUAUGGCCCUGUGAUAACUGUGUACCUGGGCCCUAAGCGAGCUGUGGUUCUGGUGGGAUACGAUGCUGUAAAGGAAGCACUGGUGGAUCAAGGAGAUGACUUCACUGGCAGAGGACAGCUUCCUCUCAUGGUCAAAGCUACCAAAGGCUAUGGUUUGGGGAUCAGUAAUGGAGAUCGCUGGCGUCAGUUGAGACGUUUCACCCUGACAACGCUAAGAGACUUUGGGAUGGGACGUAAAGGGAUGGAGGAGUGGAUCCAGGAGGAGAGCAAACACCUGAUCGCCCGCAUAAAUAGUACCAAAGCUGCACCUUUUGAUCCCACGUACUUCUUAAGCAGCACCGUGUCCAACGUGAUCUGCUGCUUAGUGUUCGGUCAACGCUUCAGCUAUGACGACGAGCACUUCCUCUCCAUUCUGCAGAUCAUCUCAGAUUUGCCGCGAUUUGGCAGCAGACCCGGCGGUCAGUUGUAUAAUAUCUUCCCCCGGUUGAUGGAAUUGCUGCCGGGUCAACACCACAACUUUUUUGCCAAAGUUGAAGAGCUGAGAGGAUUCACCAUGAAAAAGAUCCAGGAGCACCACAACACGUUGGACCCCAGCUGCCCAAGAGAUUACAUCGACUGCUUCCUCACCAAAUUAAAUCAGGAAAAGCACAUUCCCACAACAGAGUUCCACUAUGAAAACUUGGUGUCAACAGUGCUGAACCUGUUCCUGGCAGGAACAGAAACCACCAGCUCCACUCUCAGAUUUGCAAUAAAUGUUCUGGUUAGAUACCCCAAAAUACAAGAGAAUAUCCAGCAGGAGAUUGACACUGUGAUUGGACGGGACCGUUGUCCUCUCAUGGAAGACAGGAAGUCCCUUUCGUUCACAGAUGCAGUCAUUCAUGAAAUUCAUCGCUUUAUGGAUAUUGUCCCCAUGAAUGUCCCCCACCAUGCACUAGAGGACAUCUCUUUUAGGGGUUACACAAUUCCUAAGGAUACAAUAAUUAUACCCUUGUUACACUCUGUGCUAAAAGAGGAAAAGCAUUGGGAAACUCCCUGGUCCUUCAACCCCCAGCACUUCUUGGACCAGAAUGGCAACUUUAAGAAAAAUCCAGCAUUUCUACCAUUCUCUGCAGGAAAGAGAUCUUGUGUGGGAGAGUCCCUCGCUCGCAUGGAGAUUUUCAUCUUCCUGGUGUCACUUCUGCAGCAGUUCACCUUUUCUUGCACCGGAGGACCCGACAGCAUAGACCUCAGUCCUGAGUACAGCAGCUUUGCUAAUUUGCCUCGCAGGUACCACGUCAUCGCCACGCCACGGUGCUAACAGAUAUUUUACAGCAUAUGACUUCAACCUGUGUCUUCAACCCUUAUUACGUUUUUACGGGUCCCAAAGAGGGCACACGUUGGCACAUAAUUUCAAAAUGUAGAAACCAAACUGCUAUUUGUGAUACUGUAGGUGUGGUUUCUUUUCAGUAGUGAAGAAAGUGUUUCCAUGUGCCCAACUGAAUUUCUGUAAUAGCUUUUGUCUUACAUAAAUUCUCAAACCAUUCGUCUAAAGACUAAAUUCUCAGUAAAAAAAAGAUAUUUGCAUUUGAACUGUUGUUGAAAAAAUGACCAUGCUACUGCCAAAGGAAAAACACACAGAGAAAAAAAAGUCCAAGAGGAAUGUAAACUGUAUUUUUGUUAUGUUUUUGUUGUGUGAAUUCCCUGGACUGCUGUAAUGAUCAUAAUUGAGUGAAAUUACAAACAAAAAAGUCUAAUCUAUGCUUACCAGCACAGCACAGUCAACUCUGCUGUCAUUGAUUUAAAUGGUGUUACUGGUUCUACAGCUCAUGUGCUUAUGAUUGAGUUCCUUUAAAGCUCUUUAAAUUUUAAUCUUUUAUUUGCACUGUAUGUUCUUUUAAUAAUUUUAAUGCUAAUCAUUAUUUUAUGCUGCACUCUCAUAUUUUAUGUUCUAUUUUAGUCUAGCUUUUUGUUUUCUUUCUUUCUAUUUUUUAUGUACUUGUUCUUUUUUAAAUUGUAUGUUUUAAUGUUUCUACCUUUUACUGUUAAAUGGUACUUUUUUUCUUUUUAUUAUAAUCAGGUUUUUUUUUAUUGUAUGUUUUUAUGUUUCCAAUUGUUACUGUUAAAUCAUCUGAUAUUUAGUUUUUAUGUAAAGCACAUUGAGUUGCCCCUGUGUAUGAAAUGAGCUAUAUAUAGAAAGCUGCCUUGCCUUACUGGUACUUCCAUUAAAAGACCUUAUGAAAAUCAA